ACUGAUAACAUUUGUUUGAGGUCUGUCGGAUUGCAGGAUUCCUGCGCAAUUGAGUUCCUGUCGAAGGCUGGCUAAGGAGCUGUUACAGGGUCGAGCUGCACAUUAGACUCUGCACGAAUUCAGAAUCAGAGCACGCUUUCAGUGAAUCUGGGGUGGAAAUGUUCUGUAAAUCCUUAUUGCGAACCGGGAGACUCACAAUAUGCAGAACCCCGAAGGGCUCUGGAGUGACUUCAGCGGCGGUAUCUCUUCUCAAUAACAACGACAGGAAAAGACAGUGCUCAUCAUCCAGCGGUUUAGCGAAUAACGCAUUGAAAACGAUGGAGGAGCUGCACGGGCCAAGCUUCCUCACGUCUUUGUACUGGCUCUUCGGCAAAGGCUAUUUUGACAUAACGCACGAAAUGCAAAUUGAGCACAAAAAGAUCUACGGCCCUCUGUGGAAGUCCAAGUACGGUCCUCUGGUGGUUGUGAACGUGGCGUCGGCGGACCUGAUCGAGCAGGUGCUCCGGCAGGAGGGCAGGCUCCCGGUCCGGAGUGACAUGCCUCACUGGAGGGAGUACAGGCAGCUGCGCAGACAGGCCUACGGGCCCCUGACGGAAAUGGGUCCUGAAUGGCAGCGAAUCCGCAGUAUACUGAACCCCAGGAUGCUGCAGCCCAGGCAUGUAUCCAACUACUCCCCUGCCAUCAACCAGGUGGUGACGGACUUCACCCAGAGGAUUCAGCGGCUCAGGGAUGAGCAAGGGGGCGGGCUGCUGGUCAAUGACAUGGCCGUGGAGCUCUACAAGUUUGCAUUUGAAGGUAUUUGCUCAGUCCUGUUUGAAACCCGAAUGGGCUGCCUUAAUGACCACGUCCCUGAAGAAACUCAGAAGUUCAUUGAGUCCGUGGGCGAGAUGUUCCGCCUGUCAUCGGUGGUCGUGCUCUUCCCCAAAUCCGUCUGGCCCUACCUGCCCUUCUGGAAGCACUUUGUGGUAGUCUGGGAUCAUCUCUUCAGAAUCGCCAAGAUGCUGAUUGACAGCAAGGUGAAGGAAAUCCAUGGAAAGAUAGAGAAGGGUGAGCCGGUGGAAGGGGAGUACCUAACCCACCUGCUGACCAGUGACAAAAUGUCAGUGACAGAGAUCCAGGGCAGCAUCACAGAGUUGCUGCUGGCUGGGGUAGACACGACGUCCAACACCAUCUCCUGGGCUCUGUACCACCUGGCUCGAGAACCGGAGAUUCAGGAGAUGCUUUACGAGGAAGUGAAGAGUGUGUGCCCGGGAGACAAAAUACCAACGGCAGAAGACAUUGCCAAGAUGGCAUGGUUAAAAGCAACAGUUAAAGAAACGCUACGGAUGUAUCCAGUGGUUCCAGGUAAUGCCCGGGUCAUUGUCGAUAAUGAAAUAGUAGUCGGGGGAUACCUGUUCCCCAAGAAGACCCUUUUCCACCUCUGCCACUACGCUGUGUCCUAUGAGGAGAGCAACUUUCCUGAGCCACACGCCUUCCGCCCAGAGCGCUGGCUCCGCGGGGAGGACAGGUGGAAGCAGCACCCGUUCAGCUCCGUCCCGUUCGGGUUUGGAAUUCGAGCCUGUUUGGGGAGGAGGGUGGCUGAGCUGGAGAUGUACUGUGUACUUUCAAGGCUGAUUAAACAGUUUGAAGUGCGUCCAGAUCCUUCUGGGAAGACAGUGAAGGCAAAGACCAGGACGGUGAUGGUUCCUGGAACUCCGAUCAACCUGCAGUUCCUGGACAGGAAAUAGAGGAACCCUUUUUUGUGUGUGUGUGUGUGUGUGUGUGUCUCUAUUUUUAAUCAUUGAAUUUCAUUCGCACUUUAUAUAUAAAACUGAACAAACUCACAGCAUUAAAACAGUCUGAAUAAUCCCAUACAAUAGAAGCAUGAUGAUGGAAGUUCAAAGCUGUGGAGAGUGUACUGCUCCAGUUACUGGGCAUUGAUCUUCCAUUAGUGUCACAGGUUUUACUCGAAAGGGUUUACAGCUAACAGACUCAUUCUAGAACUCUUAGCUGUCAUACGCAUCCUUUGUAUUUCCCUUUUGAAGAUGCUGUGUGUUGAUAUCCUGUUCGGGUGAAAGCAUGUGACUGAUUUGAAAGCAUGUCACUGAUUUGAAAGCGUGGCGCUUAUGGGAGGAAGCAGCUGACUGGUCAGUGACGAGGUGUUCAAGGGGUGCACACUAGCAGAAUAACUAGAAGGGAUACAAACUACUGGAAGAGCCAGCUAGCAUUGUUUAAAAUGAACAGUGUCAUUUUCUAUACACUUGGAUAUACACAGUGCAAGGUAAGACUUCAGGACUGAGUUCAUUCGCUGUAUUAACCGCUGUUUAUCGCUUUGCCCGGAUAAAACCUUAGCUGUCCAGUGCAUUACCAGCAAUGGAAACGCAGUGGGUUUGAAACCUGUGUUGUACACUGGCACUGAUACAGUGCCGAGGGGCUGCACACAGUCACACUGUGGUGGUACCAUUGGUACAGCAAGAUAUGAAACUGAUGUUUUGUUUUAUUUUGUUUUUCAGUGAGCUAUGUAAAGGUUUGAAUAGUGUCCCUUGAAAUCAACUCGUGUAGCUGCCUAUGUGCCAAUACUGCAUUGCUAUUACAGUGUCACUAUCCAUGUGGUGCAUUGCUAUUGCAGUGUCACUGUAUUGCCAUGUGGUGCAUUGCUAUUGCAGUGUCACUAUCCAUGUGGUGCAUUGCUAUU